AUGCCACAGGUGUGGGGCGGAUGUUACCAGCCACCCUAUACUAGCCACCUGAAUAUUCCAACACCAGAGAAGGGCAAGACUGCCGCAGCGAAGCUAGCUUCGGAUAUCGACCUUAAAGAAGACACAAUCGAGGUUUGGAAGCUAAAUCUUUCUGUCUAUGAGUCUAUCGUCUCCUUUGCCGAGCGGGCUAGAGGUCUCCAACGUCUUGAUAUUGUAAUUCUUAAAGUAUUUUGGGAAUACAGCGCUAGUGGCGGCGCGAUGAUCACUGAUGCUGCGGUGAACCAUGGAGAAGAGAUACAUGGGAAGUUCUUGUCGUUCCAGGAGGUCGAAGGGUAA